UGGUCAGCGUUGGUCUGUACACUUCUUCCCGAGAGUACAGUGGAGACACUUGUUGGAGCUCUCUGCCCCUCGCUCAUCCUUAGGCUUUUAUUCUCCAGCAACCGUUGGAAUCCUAUUUUAACAUGUGUAUUUUAGUCCUUCGUAAUGAAUUGUCCUUGACGGGUGUUCGUGGACGCCUGGAAAGUGAUAAACAAAACGUCUUGAAAAGAGAAUUAUUAACAUAUCAAGAGUCUUUAGGAUUAUUAGAACCACGACAGCUACUCCAAACCAAUGAAUAUUUUAAAUAUAAGAGAAGUACAGGAUUAAGUCUUGAACAGACUAGAGAUAAAGGGAAUAUUGCAAAGCAUUCCCUACGGACGCAAAUUAAUGUUGAGAAUCGACAUUUCACGAUAAAGAAUAACCUGAAUAAAAUGGUUCUUGCAGAUAAUUGCGACAACAAAGAUAUGAUGGAAAGUGGCCUGAAGACACGCUACGAGUACCAAAGUGAACCAGUUCACAAAACCUGGAAAAACGGUGACCAGGUUUGGCAGGAUGCAGAAUCGAUGUCGUCUCAGAACGACGCGUCUAGGUGUUGGCUGGAGUCCGUUUCAGGCCUCGACCCUGACGACUGGCAUGAUGCUGACGAAGACGCGUACGGUGAAGUUGAAGUGCGUGAUAGUUUGGUUCCUGGACAGAACACGAGCACUAAUGUGCUGUUAGAUGCUGAAGCCUCCGGUGCUGGUGCCACUGGUGCCUCUGGUGGUGGUGCUGGGGCCUCCGGUGCUGAGGCCUCCGGUGCUGGGGCCACUGGUGCUGGAGCCUCCGGUGGCGGUACUGGUGCCACUGGUGCCUCCGGUGGUGGUGCUGGGGCCUGGUGGUGGUGCUGGGGAUUCUGGAGCUUCAGGGGGCGAUGCCGGGCGUGGUACUGGAACCUCUACAGGCGCCGGGGCCCCUGGCGCCGGGGAGGCUGGCGCCGGGGCCCCUGGCGCCGGGGAGGCUGGCGCCGGGGCCCCUGGAGCCGGGGAGGCUGGCGCCGGGGCCCCUGGAGCCGGGGAGGCUGGCGCCGGGGCCCCUGGAGCCGGGGAGGCUGGCGCCGGGGCCCCUGGAGCCGGGGAGGCUGGCGCCGGGGCCCCUGGAGCCGGGGAGGCUGGCGCCGGGGCCCCUGGAGCCGGGGAGGCUGGCGCCGGGGCCCCUGGAGCCGGGGAGGCUGGCGCCGGGGCCCCUGGAGCCUGGGGAGGCUGGCGCCGGGGCCCCUGGAGCCGGGGAGGCUGGCGCCGGGGCCCCUGGAGCUGGGGAGGCUGGCGCCGGGGCCCCUGGAGCCGGGGAGGCUGGCGCCGGGGCCCCUGGAGCCGGGGAGGCUGGCGCCGGGGCCCCCGGGGAGGCUGGCGCCGGGGCCCCUGGAGCCGGGGAGGCUGGCGCCGGGGCCCCUGGAGCCGGGGGGCGCCGGGGCCCCUGGAGCCGGGGAGGCUGGCGCCGGGGCCCCUGGAGCCGGGGAGGCUGGCGCCGGGGCCCCUGGAGCCGGGGAGGCUGGCGCCGGGGCCCCUGGAGCCGGGGAGGCUGGCGCCGGGGCCCCUGGAGCCGGGGAGGCUGGCGCCGGGGCCCCUGGAGCCGGGGAGGCUGGCGCCGGGGCCCCUGGAGCCGGGGAGGCUGGCGCCGGGGCCCCUGGAGCCGGGGAGGCUGGCGCCGGGGCCCCUGGAGCCGGGGAGGCUGGCGCCGGGGCCCCUGGAGCCGGGGAGGCUGGCGACGGGGCCCCUGGAGCCGGGGAGGCUGGCGCCGGGGCCCCUGGCGCCGGGGAGGCUGGCGCCGGGGAGGCUGGCAUAAUUGCAAAGGUUACAAGCCGUGCAAAGAAGGCGGAUAACACAGCUGCCUUGCAAAAGCAGGAAGAAACUGUGUCGACGAAGUCUGGAGAGUCUAAUAGACGCAAGUGUGGUCGUAAGCGACGAGAUCGGCACCAGACUGUGGACGCCGCAGGGGCUGUGGACGCCGCAGGGGCUGUGGACGCCGCAGGGCCUUUGGCCAGAGGUGGGCACCCUGCCGGUCCUCUGACCAGAGCUCGGCACCCCUGUGUUCCCCUGAUGACAAGAUCUGCGAAUGUUUCUGCAGUUAACAGCGGUCGGAGCGAUGCUUCUCGGUCCUAUACACCUCGACAAAUAGAUUUAGUUGAAGGAAUUACUAGACGACCUUUAUCUAUAAUCAGAAGUCUCUUGAGUGAGCGUUUGGGGGCAGCAGAGCGUCAAAAUGGGCCCGCCACGAGGCCUUGGGGCAGGCAGCGGCACCCCGCCGGUCCUGUGGUCGCAGAUAGACUCCCGUUUGUUCCCCUGAGACCAGGCGUCUUAACUUACUUUCCAACUAACAGAGGUCGGAUCGGUACCUCUCGGACCUUUAGACCUUUACAAAUAACAGAUUAUCAUAUUGAGAUAGUUGUUGUAUUAUAUUUCACUAGAAACAUUUUACUCCACAAUGCUGAGGCUCCGAUUCUCGUCGUACGGCAAGCGGCUACACCUUCUCGAGCCAGUAACUUGUUACCCAUUCGGCAAAGUCGUUGGCACUUGCCCCUCCUCUUGUUGAUUCUGUUACUUGGAGAUGCAUCGUUAAUUCAAUCCCAAGAUGAUUCGGACUCCAGUGUAGAUUAGAGGCCAAAGAAAGUGAACUGUGCUAGAUGGCAUAAACGGGGAUCUUACUGUGGCUAAAGCAGGUUCUUAAAAACUGCUGAAGUGCAAGAAAAGGUUUGUCCCUCCUGAGCAAUGACUUGCCAAACUACAAAAGCUUGACUAGUGGUGCUAGAUAAUUUCACUGGAAACUGCUGGUAUAAUAGACGGCCAAGUACCUGCCAUCGGUUCUUGGGACUUCGUGUAAUUCUGGCAGUUUGUGGGGAACCAGAUGCUGCGAGACCUUCAGGUGGCCAAGGUCUACAAAAGUCUGUGGCACUGGUGAACGUGAUGCCUGUCAAGACGGAUUUUCUUGGUUUGGAGGAGACGGGAACUUGGUAUAAACACGGCUAGCUCAAAGAUUUUGAGCUAGACACCAUAGUCAGUGUCAAAACUGUUUCAAACUUUGUAGGAUCUCUAGUAAGAGGAAAGCUUAAAUAGAAAACUAGAUUUUAAUUGAGCUCGCGCAUAGCAUUUUAUUGUGAAGUGAACCAAAAGUAGGAUUCGGAUUAGAUUUUAUUAUAUAAUAUAUAUCUAAUUAUAUAUAUAUCGCCCUUGUAGAUCUUUUUAAGUGUUGGCGCGGUGGGACAUUAGGAAAGUAGCUAGAUAGAGGCAGUUUAUAUUGAAUUAAACCCUCCUUAUUCUAGCCUAAGGCGUGGAGGAAGUUAAACUCGUCCCUCGCUCCCACAGGUCUUUUUAAUUUUUUGUAUCUUUAGAGCAUCUUUAGUAUACAUUAAUCUGUCACUUGUGGGGUCUUGACAUUUUGCCCAAAUGCAUGAGGCGUACAGCGGCUCAACUGUACAAAUUGACUGGUUAAGUGGGCAUUACGGAAAUUUACUGUCCUUGCAACGUUCAUACUUUAAAUACAGAAAGCUAUUCAUGGAAAAAAUAAAUUCCCACUAAAUUGUAAUUGUGCAAUAGUAGUGACGGCUCAAAUUUUUUCCUUGCUAAUCGUAUAUUUUAAAUUCAAGAUAUUAAUUACCUUUUUAACUAAAUUAUUUGGAUCUAAUUAGUCUUUUUAACCGCACUAUAGUUUAGUGCAAGUUUCCUGCCACUUAAGUGAUGUACAAACCCUGGCAGUUAACAUUAAGGAACUAGUAGAUUCCUGCCAUGUUAAUCAAUCAUUAGCCUCUAGAGUGUCUCCAGGGUUCCUUAGGAGCAGAAAAUGUUUCUUGCGUAGAUUGUCAUGUUAAUGUCAUGGUUUAGAAGGCCUUGUAAGAUUAGCUUUAAUUGCUACACACUGCUGGCUGGUAUUGUGUAGAUAUAAUUUUAAUUAGAAUGUAAUCAUAGGCUGUUUGUAGCGUAGCCAGCAGGCCUGGAAAUGUUUCACUUAAAUUCUUCGUCUAGAUUUAAGUAUAACAUCAAAUUAAUACUUGUUCAAUCAUUGGGAAGACUACUCGAUUACUCUUCCGUGCUCAAUGCUGGAAGAUACUGUAUUUAAGAAUAUUCAAAUAUGUCGGCUGGAUUUGACAAUGAACAUAGAGUAUAUGUGCAAAUCUGUAGGGGGGGGGGGGGGGUAUUAAUUUACUAAGUAGACUAAUGUGACGUGUUUAAUUUGGAAAUUUUGCCAUUAUUUUAUUUUUUACUUGACUAUAUUGGUAGAGUAAAUUCUCUUGUGCUGGUUUUAAUUUUUUUUUACAUUAAAUUUUAAUGUUGCAUAUGAGCGCCUUGAGUUGCUCUACCAAUCACCUUGUACACAAAUGUAUAAGGAAAGUGCUAGAACAUUAUCUAGACUUUCCCACACUUGGAAAUAAAGUAGUUAAAAGAA